UCAAAGUCGGAUGCCUCGCGGGUUUUGAAGUGCUUUCCCCUCUUAUUUUCAUCCAAAUUUUUGAAAACGCAUUACUUUCCUGUCGUUCUCUUGAGUCACAGAUUCAGAGGAACCGUCAUAUUUCCUCGCAAAAUCCCUUGUUUUCCCCCGAACAGUUUCAGUAGGUAGAAUGUCUUCGGAGGAUCAAAAGCCGAUAAAGAAAUCCAAAGUGGAGCUCGACGAAAUGGAGGACGGAAUGAGCCUCGGCUCCAUUUUCCAAGCCAAAAAGAAGAAACUCUCAAAUGGGGGCUCUAAACCUCUCUCAAAUUUGAAGAAGGAAGAACUGCAGGGAGAAGAUGGAGUGGGAAAAUCUCCGAAAAUGGGUUCUGGGUCUGUCCCAAAGGGCACCAAGGUCAAAAAAGAAGAGCGUUUCAACUCUUCCGAUGAUGAUUACGACGAAACACCUAGCAAAAAGAGCUCUGCGGCAAAACGUGAUAUGGAACCGAAGAAGAAGAAGAAAGUGAAGGAGGAGGAGAAGAGCAAGACAUCCAAGGCGAAGCAGGAGAGCCAGAAAAAAGAGAGAAGGGAGAAGAAGGUAUAUGAUUUGCCUGGUCAGAAGCGAGAUCCCCCUGAAGAGAGAGACCCGCUUAGGAUCUUUUACGAAACUCUCCAUAAGCAACUUCCCCACAGUGAAAUGGCACAGUUCUGGAUGAUGGAGUCUGGUUUGUUAUCCAAAGAAGAAGCAAAGAAAGUUUUUGAAAAGAAGCAGAAGAAGGCACCACUGCAAAAGUUGAGUUCCCCAGUGAAGGCUGUGACUGCUGUAAAGAGCGUCACAAAGACCGCCAUUGUCAAGAAAACUGUCCAAUCCUCACCACUUUCUUCGAAUAAAAAGACAACGGUCGACUCCAAAGUCAUGACAAAACAGUCGAAGAAGCGCAAGUCGAAAGAUGAAAGUUCUGAAGAUGAAUCAGACGACGACUUUAUAAUCAGUCGAAGCGUGAAAAAGAAACCGAGAGCAGCCUAAUUGAUGUGUAAAUGGACAAUCCCUUCUUCAGAAACUUGUUUUAGAUCUCUGAUUAGUUAUACCAAAACAUUGGUUUUAAUGAUAUUGACACUCCUUUGGUCCUUUUUUCUC